AUGGCUCAAAGUAAUUUUAGUCGUCAAGUGUCACAGUUUCGAUAUAGAGUUACACCUGGAUAUAAAUAUCAACAAUUAGAUAGAUCCAAUAUUUCACGUAAACGAAUUUUUAUAAUUGUCUUCAUAUUAAUUAUCAUCAUAGUCGGUGCACUAACAGCUUAUAACUUUGGAAUUAGAAAUGACUCAACACCAAGUCAUAAGCUUAUGCAUGGUGCUGUCGCAUCAAAUGGAAAGGAAUGUGCUGAAAUGGGAGCAUCGAUAUUAAAACAGAAAGGUUCUGUUGCUGAUGCCGCAAUUACAACAUUGUUAUGUGAAGGAAUUACAUGUCCUCAAAGCACCGGGCUUGGUGGUGGCUUUCAUAUGACGAUUUACAUAAAAAGUAAAAACUUGGUUGAAUGUCUUGACGCUCGUGAAGUUGCACCAAAGAAUGCAUACGAGACAAUGUUUGUAAAUGACACGAAAAAGUCAUCACUUGAAGGUGGAUUGUCGAUUGCAGUACCUGGCGAAUUAAAAGGUAUGUGGGAAUUACAUCAAAAAUAUGGAAAGUUACCGUGGAGUAAGUUAUUUGAGCCUGUAAUUAAAUUGUGUCGCGAGGGGCAUGAAGUCACUGAGUAUCUAGCUAGAGUCUUAAGAAUUAAGGAAAAGGAUAUUAAGGAAAUUCCUUCAAUUCGUGAAGUUUUUGUCAAUCCUGAAACCGGUGAAAUAUGGAAUGCUGGUGAUAAAAUUAAAAGACUUGCUCUAGCUGAUACACUAGAAGUAAUAUCCAAAGAUGGUGCUGACACAAUUUAUAAAAUGGGUAAAAUUGGUCGUCAACUGCUAGAUGACAUUAAAGAAUUCGGUGGAAUUUUGACUGAAGAAGAUUUUACUGAUUAUAAAGUAAAAUGGGUAAAACCAGCAGAGGCGACACUGAAAGGAGAACAAAAACUUUAUUCUAUGCCUUUAACUGGUUCUGGUGCUGUUUUAGUAUUUAUAAUGAACUUAUUGAAAGGAUUCGAUCUUAAAAAAGACACAUUGUCAUAUCAUAGAAUUAUUGAAUCUUAUAAACUUGCUUAUGCUCGUCGUUCCGAACUUGCUGAUCCCGAUUUUGUUGAAAGUGCUAAAAUUCUAGUUCAAAACAUGACUGAUCCUAAUUUUGCUGAUUUGAUGCGUAAGAAGAUUAACAACACAAGGUCAUUCGAUAACAUUGAGUACUAUGGUGGACAUUUUGUAUCAGAAGAGGAUCAUGGAACUGCGCACAUAAGUAUUCUUGCACCAAACGGUGAUGCUAUUUCUGCUACGGGAACAAUAAAUUAUAUUUUGGGAUCAUUAAGACGUUCUAAAACUGGAAUCAUUCUCAAUGAUGAAAUGGAUGACUUUUCAACACCUGGAAGCGUCAACGUUUAUGGAAUUCCACCAUCAGAAGCGAAUUUUAUUCGACCAGGUAAACGACCAAUGUCUUCUAUGGCACCAACCAUAAUCGUUAAUAAACAUGGAGAUGUUGAUAUGGUAAUUGGAAGUGCAGGAGGCAGCAGAAUCACAACAGCAAUAGCAAACACGAUUAUCAAUUACUACUUCUUUAAUUCUGAAGAGUCAUUGUGGAACACAUUUGCACAAAAGAGAUUGCAUCAUCAGCUUAUUCCUAAUAAACUUUAUUUUGAAGAUGGAUUUGAUGAUGAAAUUAUCAAAGAAUUAAAUUCAACUUAUAGGCACUCAAUAGAAAUGGUAACACAAUCAAUUGGAUUUGGUGCACUUGUUGGAAUUUAUGUUGAUGAAGAUUCCGUUCAAAGUGCGUACGAUCCACGACGUGGAGGCAGUUCCGUGGUGUUUUAA